UUGAUCGAACAGCAUGAUAACAAAAUCGUGCUCAAGAAUGAAAUGCACAAGCUUUCCUUUGCAUCAUUUGAGAUUAUAGCAAUUGUUGAGGUGAGCUAUAAUGCUAUCCAAAAACUGGCUCAUUCCUUUCUCCUUUUUAAAAGCAUUGUGGAGUUGACGAAGCAAGGCGAGAUUUCUACAAUGUGCUACUCGCUGAUUGGCUAAAGCUGUGCUUUUGUCGUCUAAUCGCUGGAUGUAAGUUGAAGUGGGGAAUAUGCCACUGACGUGAGGAGCAUCGCCACCGUCCGUCGCCUUCCAAUUUUUGAAUAUCCUGGGGCAUUUAAUGGUCGCCUCCAUUUUACGAGGUCACGGGACCCGCCAACGCGAAUCCCCGCCGUCGGAUCUCCCCAUCGACGGCUCCCCUGCCCCGGCCAAGUGCCUCUAGUUGUUCUUCCCGGCUAUGGUGGCCACGGACUCGAUGCCAUGGAGGCGUCUAGCAGUCAGCGCUACCGCGGCGCCAUUCUUUUGUGGAUCUUCGCCUACAUUCAUCCCGGCAAUGGCUAGGUAGCGCACCGGCGGCUCGAAAUCUCCAGGUAUCGAUCGAGAAGAUCGCCUCGAUCCAGCCAAGAUCCAAGACUCCGGCAUGGUAAACAAUGGCACCUCGGCAGAUUUCACGAAUCCGAGCAUGAGCAGGGUCGGCCUCGGCUAUGGCAUCGCAAUCGCAGUCGGGAUUCUCGUGCUCGUCUCCACGAUCAUGCUCGCCUCCUACGUUUGCGUCAGGGUUCACGGCAGGGCGCAGCUCAAUCGCGCGGCGGCAGCGGCGGCGGCGGCGGCACAGCGGCAGCAGCAGCAGCAAUCCAGCAGCAGCUCCGCCAGAGAUCGCAGCGAUGGGGAGUGGACGAUCAGUGGCUUGGACCAGGUAACGCUGGAAUCCUACCCCCGGAUCGUCUUCUCGGCGCAGCAGCCACUGCCGCAUCCGCAAGACACCGCUUGCGCGAUCUGCCUGGCGGAUUAUCGCGAGGCGGAGAUGCUGCGCGUUCUUCCCGACUGCCGCCAUGUCUUCCACGUCCAGUGCAUCGAUUCGUGGAUGCGCCUCCAGGCAACGUGCCCGAUGUGUAGAACAUCGCCACUCCCGACGCCCCAGGCGACGCCAAUCUCCACGCCACUCUCGGAGCUCAUCCCUCUCGCCAGGCAUCCCAGGUAGAGAAAUCUCGAGAAAAUCUUGCUAGAACUCUCGCCAUUCUUUGUAUGAUCCUCCCUCUCAACGAGAGCUCUUCCAUGA